AUGAAGUCUCCAUUGGUGGCUGCGACAGCGGCUCUGUGCCUGCUGGGCCAGGGGGCGAAUGCCAUUGCCUUGACGGUGACCGACAGCAAUUCGGCCAAGAGCGCCGCGGGUACCAUUGCAUAUGGGUUAAUGAAGUACUACACGGGAAACAACACUGGCGAUAACCCCGGAAACUUGCCAGACCCAUACUAUUGGUGGGAGGCCGGUGCGAUGUUCGGAACCAUGAUCGAUUACUGGCGCAUGACAAAAGAUUCGUCGUACAACACUGCUACCAUGCAAGCUAUGCUUUGGCAGGCCGGAACCGAUGGCGCUUUUCUGCCCACGAACCAGUCGCUGACUGAAGGAAACGACGAUCAAGGCUUCUGGGCCAUGGCCGCCAUGUCCGCUGCCGAAAAUGUCUUCCCCAAUCCGCCGUCCGAUCAACCACAGUGGCUGGCCAUGGCGCAGGCCGUCUUCAACCAGUAUGUCGGUCGAUGGGACUCUCACUGUGGUGGUGGUCUCCGCUGGCAGAUUUUCUCAUGGAACAAGGGUUACGAUUACAAAAACUCCGUCGCCAACGGUUGCUUCUUCAACAUUGCCGCUCGAUUGGCCCGAUACACCGGCAACCAGACGUAUGCUGAUUGGGCACUCAAGGUCUGGCAGUGGGAGAAACAAAUUGGUCUCAUUGGCCCCCAGUACCAAAUCUAUGACGGUCUGAGUAUCAACACGGACAACACAUGUGGCCACAUGGACCAGAACCAGUGGUCUUAUAACGCGGGUAUUUACAUGCACGGCGCCGCCGCCAUGUACAACUUCACCGGCAACGCCACCUGGAAGGCCAACUUGGACGGCAUCAUCUCCCAGACGGUCUCCAAGUUUGUCCAAAACGGCGUCAUUUACGAGCAGUUCUGCGAGCCUCGUGGCUUCUGCAGUGUCGACCAGAGCACUUUCAAGGGUUAUUUGGUCCGCUACAUGGCCUCUACCAUGCAGCUCGCCUCGCAUACAGUUCAGACUCUCAUGCCCCUGAUCACAGGUUCUGCUUCAGCCGCAGCGGCAAUCUGCACAGGCCCAGCCUCGGCUGCAUUCAAGGGAAUUGACGGCACUGGAUGUGGCUUCGCAUGGCUUCCCAAGGGCACAUACGAUGGCAAAAAUGGGGUUGGCUCGCAAAUGAACGCUCUGGAUGCCGUCAUGUAUACUAUGGUUCUACAAGCCCCUUCACCCGCAACGGCUGACAAGGGCGGUACUUCGAAGGGUAACCCCGGUGCUGGUAUGGGCAGCAUUGACCCCGCAGGCGAUCUUGACAAGAUUACGAAGCCUACCACUGGUGGAAAGGUUGGGGCGGCGAUCCUCACUCUCCUGUUGCUUCUCAGCGUCCUAGGUGGCAGCGCGGUGCUCCUGUUGUGA